UUUUUUAUAAAUUUUUCAUUGAAACCUGAUAAUGUUUAACAGUAAUUAAAAUCAAAUUCAAUAUCAGUAAUACAUAAAUUAAUUUUAAUUAUUAUUAUAUAUUGGUUGGUGGUUAGUUUAAAAACGAAAGCUUACAAUCAAAAAAAGAUUUCAAUUUGAUUAUAACCUCAAAAACUUGACAGAUUUUGUAGAACGAAAUGGGUGGUUGGAAAUUGGAGGUGGCCAAAAUGGCUUUGUACGUAACCUUUCCUGUUUGUCUUUUCCAUUACUUCAAUCAACCAGAAUAUUUUGAAGAGUGGGUAGUAAAAACAAAAAGAGAACUAUAUCCUCCUGAAAAUUUACAAAAGCGGAAAGAGUAUGAGGAUGCCUUGAGAAAAAUUAAGGAAAAACAAGAACGAACAGUAGUUGCUCAGUUGGAAGAAAAAAAUUAGUUUUGUUGUUUUGACUGUAUAUAUUGUAAGUAAUUUUGUAAUAAAUAGUGUUGUUGACUUAAUAAUUUCUGUAAUUAUUGGGAUACUAUAAAUAUAUUUCUUGAAUAUUUUA